GUUUUUUUCCCUCCACGUCAUCGAAACAGAACCUUCUCUCUCAUCUAGCAGUGUUUUCUCGCCUCGAAAAUCAAAAUCCUCACUAAAACCCUAAACAUUUCUCAGAGCUUUCUCAAUCGCUGUUCCUCCUCCGUCUCACUCCUCCUCAUAAAGACUCAACCUUUCGAGAUCCACAGAUACAAAUCAAAUAUGAGAUAUCAACAAUGGCGAUUGAUGCUUCUCAGAAUCCACCGUGCUUCUCCUUCUCCUCACUUUCAGGUAACCUCCGUUUCAACCCGAUCCAUCUCUUCUCUCCUCCACACACGUUCCCAACCCAGAUCUCCGCAACAAAGCCAAGAUCUUUCUCGCUUAAGAUCCCCAAUCACGACUCGAACCUUCUCCUCCGACCCCGCGGUUAGAAAAGAGAAGUCCGCUUCCGAAGCCACCGUGAUCGACAUCUUCACCAGAUUGAGCUCCGAAGACGAGAUCAAGAAAGAGCUCGAGUCUAGCCACAUCGUCCUCACCCAAGACUUAGCUUUAAAAGUUCUGAGAAAGCUCGAAUCAAACCCAGAUGUCGCUAAAAGGCUUUUCAAUUGGGCCAAAGAGGCUUUCCCCACCUCGAAAAGCUACAACAUGAUGCUUCGUAUCCUCGGUGGGAACGGGCUCGUCGACGAGUUUUGGGGUUUGGUUAGUUCCAUGAAGAGGAAAGGUCACGGCUUGUCCGCUAACGUUAGAGAUAAAGUCGGCGACAAGUUUCGUAAAGACGGGCUUGUGAAAGACUUUAUAAGGCUGAGAAAGCUCUUCCCUUUAGAUCCGUCGGAUGAUGAUUCUUCUCCCGAGAGCGUUUGCGUUAAGGUGUGUAAGGUCGUGGAGAAGGAAGAGUGGAGUGAUGACGUGGAGAAGCAGAUAAGAGAGUUGAACGUUGAGUUUGGGAGCGAUUUGGUUAAGAUGAUUGUGGAGAGUCUUGACGUGGAGCCUAGGAAGGCUCUGCUGUUCUUCCGUUGGGUUGACGAGUCUGGUCUCUUUAAGCAUGAUGAGAAAACGUAUAACGCUGUGGCUAGGGUUCUGGGGAGAGAGAAGUUCUUAGAUAGGUUUCAGAACGUCGUUGGAGAGAUGAAGAGCGCUGGUUACGAGGUGGAGUUAGAGACUUAUGCUGCGGUUUCGACGAGGUUUUGCCAGAGUAAGUUGAUCGAGGAAGCUGUUGACUUGUUCGAGAUUGCAAUGGAGGGUGGGAGUGAUGGUAACAAACCCACCUCUCACUGCUUAUCUUUGUUGCUCAAGAAGAUUGUGACCACCAAGGUUCUGGAUACGGAGUUGUUUUCGAGAGCUGUGGAGGCUUAUACCAAAAAGGGUAACGUUUUGACGGAUGGUAUGAUGAAGUCUGUGUUAAAGUCCCUAAUCAGCGUGGAUAAGGUUGCUCAGAGCAAUGAGGUGUUGAAAGCAAUGAAGAAAGGAGGAUAUCUCCCAAGUAGCGAUCUGCAGAGGGUGAUUGCAUCAGAGCUUAGUCGUAAAGGAAAGAAAGACGAAGCUGAUGAGCUUGUAGACUUUAUGGAAGCGUCCGGGACUAACCUAGAUGAUAAGGCGAUGGCUUCUCUUGUUGAAGGGUACUGUGACUCCGGAGAUCUUAAGGAAGCUUUAGCGAGUUUCGAGAAAAUGGUUGGUAAAGAGGGGGUAGUAUCAAAUGCUGAUCAUGCGUUUGAGAAGCUGGUUCAUGCUUACUGCAACAAGAAUCAGGUAAGAGAUGCGUACAAGCUUUUGUGUUCACAAGUAAAGCAGAAUCAGGUCAAACCUCUUCAUAGCACGUACAAGUGUUUGGUGCGUAAUCUGCUGACGAAGAAGAUUGCUAGUGAGGGUGGGUUUGAAGAAGCUUUGAGUCUUCUACCAAUGAUGAAAGAUCAUGGGUUCCCUCCUUUCAUUGACCCUUUCAUGAGUUACUUCUCGAAAACUGGAACAAGCUCCGAAGCUUACAGUUUUCUCAAGGCUAUAACCUCGUAUCAUUUUCCAUCUAUCUCGGUGGUGUUGCGUGUGUUUGAAACAAUGAUGAAGUCUGCAAGGCAGAGUGAGGCGCAGGAUCUACUCUCUUUGUGCCCAGACUAUAUCCGUAAUGAUCCAGAUGUUCUUGAACUCUUCUACUCCAUGAAAUCUGAUGGAUCUGCUGUAGAGGAACCUUUGGCUGCUUCUUCUUAGCUCCAGUUUUAGUUUACAAUCCACCAAGUUCUUUUUUUGUUUCUGGUCAUUUGAUUCACAAGAAGUUGGUGCACUGGUCAUUUGAUUCACAAGAAGUUGUUUCCUACUGUUCCCUUUUGUAUCAUCACCAUUCACCAGUUUAGUGUCUUCAUCAACUUGGUGCACUGGCAAAAUAAUUUUAAGCUACUCUGGUUCUUUUAUUUUUCAAAAUUUUCAUAUUCUGCUUCUUGGAUCUACAUUGGAUGCCCAUGAGUGUUCUGAUCAUUAGUAACAAGAUCUAUCUGUGA